AUGAGUUUAACCGAAGGUCCCAUUAAAGACGACGUGAUGGCGUGGGAGCCAAAAAAGUUAGCAGACUACAUGAGACAGCUCAAGUUAUUCGGCUGUGACAAUGUAGUGUUGAAGAGGGGCAUUACUGGAGCACAAUUUCUGCAUAUGAUCCAGUGUGAUCUUCAUGUGUUCCCAAUCACCUACGUUCCAAUACUGGCAAAAGUUCAAAGAGAUCUCAAUAGGCAAGAAAGGAGGAAGUAUUUUGGUUCCAAAUCUAAGAAAAGCAAUCAUUUGACAGAAGUGCGUGGUGAAAAAGUCUGUGAUGAGCUUGACAGUGAAAGUGACUAUGAGGAGUUUAACGAGGACGAAGGAGAUGGAAACUACGUCGUUCCUCUUACUAAGCCACUCACAGCAGAUAAUCUGCAUAAAGCCAAAGAAAGAGAAGCUCACAGGCUUCAUCCAGUCUUUUCACUGCCUGAACCCCAGAGGGUGUCUAAAGUUCCCUGCCUUCCCACAGCUCACUCAUCUAAUUUUCAACGGGCCGCAAAUAAGAAGCCGGAAAAACCUCCGGUUCCCCAGAGAGCCUUUUCACGCUUAACAGAGGGCAGUGUUGCUUUGGAUGCUGGCUCACUUUCCAGGAGGCGCCCACUACCAACAGUCCCGCAGCUCCGUGUGUCUAACAGGGCAAAUAAUAUAACUCCACAUGUUCCUGUACCAAUAUCAGACGUUCUGUCAAACCAAUCAAUAAGAACAACAGGACAUGUCAAUAAGCAACAUGUACAGGGUUUGGAUCCCAGCUGGUACAAGGGAAAGAUAACUCGAGAACAGGCUGAAGUUUCUCUCAGGGAGGUGAACAAGGAUGGAGCAUUCUUAGUGAGGGACAGCUCACAAGGCUCAGCACAUCCCUACACUCUGAUGCUGCUAAAUCAAGGCAAGAUUUUCAACAUUAAGAUCCAGAGACAAAAUGACUUCCAUUUUCUCGGAAAUGGCACAAACAACUCUAAGAGUUUCCUCAGGGUGAAGGAGAUGAUUAUCCAUCACAUGAACACCCCGCUGCUGCUCAGAGAUGCCACAGACCAGUGCUCUCAGGAGCAGCCGCAGUGCUGUCUGCUGCACCCUGCGGGACUCUGA